AUGUCGGAGCCCAAGAAAACCAAGUACGAUCGUCAACUCAGGAUUUGGGGAGAGCAAGGGCAAACAGCUCUUGAAAACGCGAGCAUCUGUUUGCUAAAUUGUGGACCUACUGGCUCUGAAACCCUCAAGAAUCUCGUUCUCGGUGGAAUCGGAAGUAUCACCAUUGUCGACGGAUCCAAAGUAGAGAUUGGUGACCUUGGAAACAAUUUCAUGGUGGAUGAGAAGAGUGUUGGUCAGUCAAAAGCCAAGUGUGUUUGUGCCUUUCUUCAAGAGCUUAACGAUGCUGUUAAAUCCAAGUUUAUCGAGGAGAAUCCAGAUACUUUGAUAUUGACAAACCCGUCUUUCUUCUCUCAGUUCACUCUCGUUGUGGCUACUCAGCUAGUGGAAGAUUCAAUGGUGAAACUAGAUAGAAUCUGCCGAGAAGCAAAUGUCAUGUUGGUUUUUGCUCGCUCCUAUGGCCUUACUGGGUUUGUUCGUAUCAGUGUAAAGGAACACACUAUUAUCAAUUCAAAGCCUGAUCAUUUUCUUGAUGACCUCCGCUUGAAUAAUCCAUGGCCUGAACUCAAGAGGUUUGUGGAGACCAUUGAUAUAAAAACACCAGAUCCUGUCGUUCAUAAGCACAUUCCCUACGUCGUCAUUCUUGUCAAGAUUGCUGAAGAAUGGGCUCAAACCCAUAGCAACAACCUUCCCUCUACCAGGGAAGAGAAGAAGGAGUUUAAGGAUUUGGUUAAGUCUAAGAUGGUAUCGAUGGAUGAAGAUAACUACAAAGAAGCCAUUGAAGGCGCUUUUAAAGUUUUUGCUCCUAGAGGAAUAAGCCGAGAGAUUCAAGAAAUUAUCAAUGAUAGUUGUGCUGAAGUUGGCUCAAAAUCUUCAGAUUUUUGGGUAAUGGUAGCAGCCCUCAAGGAGUUUAUUUCAAAUGAAGGCGGUGGGGAGGCACCACUUGAAGGUUCCAUGCACGAUAUGACCUCUUCGACAGAGCACUACAUCAACUUGCAGAAAAUAUACCAAGCCAAAGCUGAAGCUGAUUGUCUUUCCAUGGAGCAAAGAGUGAAAAACAUUCUAGUUAAAGUCGGUCAAGAUCCAAGUAGCAUCUCAAAGCCAACUAUCAAGGGCUUCUGCAAGAAUGCAAGAAAACUAAAGGUAUGCAGAUAUCGUAUGAUUGAGGACGAGUUCAGCAAUCCUUCUGUAACAGAACUGCAUAAGUGUUUAGCUAGUGAGGACAGUAGCGCUAUUGGAUUUUACAUUCUUCUUAGAGCUGUUGAUAUAUUUUCUGCGACCUAUAAGAAGUUUCCCGGACAGUUUGAUGGAGAAAUGGAUGAGGACGCAUCCCGCUUAAAAACUAUUGCCCUGAGUCUUCUUAGCGAAAUGGGUUGUAACGACUACAUACUUCCAGAAGAGCUUUGCAAUGAGAUGUGCAGAUUCGGUGCCGCAGAGCUUCAUGUGGUUGCUGCUUUCAUAGGAGGAAUCGCAUCUCAAGAAUUGAUCAAGCUCAUCACGAAGCAGUUUGUUCCAAUGUUGGGAACUUUCAUCUUCAACGGCAUUGAUCACAAGUCUCAGUCUUUGACAUUAUAG